AUGACCCACUGCUCCUCCCCUUGCUGCCAGACCACCUGCUGCAGGACCACCUGCUGGCAACCUACCUGUGAGACCACCUGCUGCAGCACACCCUCCUGCCAGCCCAGCUGCUGUGAGUCCAGCUGCUGCCAGCCUUGCUGCCGCCCAACUUGCUGUCCAACCACCUGCUGCAGGACCACCUGCUGGAAACCUACCUCUGUGACCACCUGUUGCAGCACACCCUGCUGCCAGCCCAGCUGCUGUGUGUCCAGCUGCUGCCAGCCUUGCUGCCGCCCCACUUGCUGCAGCACACCCUGCUGCCAGCCCAGCAGCUGUGCACCCGUGUACUGCACCAGGACCUGCUACCACCCCACCUCCGUCUGCCUGCCUGGUUGCCUAACCCAGAGCUGCGGAUCCAGCUGCUGCCAGCCUUCCUGUUGCUGA